UUUAGAGACAUUUGGAGGCCCAGUUAUGAGACUCGGUCUCGGUAUGGAAAGGGUUUGGCCAGACAUGCCCAAUAUGUUUCUACUUGGUGGGUACGACGAGAAAAGGGGCAUGGAUCCUUUGGCGGCGUCUCUGUUAGCAUUACGUGCGGGGAGGUCAUCAUCGUCCCACCUUCAGACGGCCUCUGCAGGAACGCGUUCUGUCUUGAACAGGCCCGUCCUUCGACGAGGAACGUCACCGACAAUCCCUCAAGCACAGAAGAUUAAGAAGGGGAUCCAACCUCGAGUCGCGCUCGUUGUCAGUGCAAAGGUGCAACAAGACGAGCCGAUGGUAAUCGUGGAAGAAGACUUGGACACGGAAGAUGAGAAAUUGAGGGUGGAAGACGAGUGUAAGGCAAGGUUACGCGCCAAAAAACGAGGUGUAGAUGAGAGUCAAGAUAAGGAAAAGGAAGAGGGAGAAGAGGAAGGGCACCAGAAGAAGAAGAACCGGUACACGAUUUCGAUUGAGGAAGGGAUCGACAUUGAGACGAUGGUGGAUCGGAUACUUGAGAGCCAUCGAGAUUUGGUAACACUCAAGGAAUUUUUUGUAGCCUCGCAAAAGAUUCGGGAAGAGCUUAAGAAAAGACUGACUCGACGAAAGGUGAUGACAGUUAAGUUAGGGGAGGUAAUCCCACCUGAGACAAAUUGGACUCCUGCGGGAGCAAAGAUGAAUUGGAGCAAGGCGGAGGUUAGGGCGUCGGCUGUAGCCGUGGGAGGAUUUAGACAAGGAUGGGCGAGAGUCGGCCGCAUGGUCUUUCAUCCAGCGGACAUCUAUCCGACCGAGGUGGAGCUCAUGGAAGACCAAGGAACCGUUGAGGACCCGCCUCGAAUUUACACAUUUGUGACUACGGCCAUAAAGCUGGUACCAAGCGUUGGCAUCUGCCCCCUUAGGAAGAAGCAUUGGAUCGACGCCGGGGUCGUCUACGACGUCGUGAACGAGACGAUCCACCACAAGUUCAAGGACGAGAUCAUGUGGUUGUCCCUGCGCAUUAUGACGAACCACCACGCUCGGCAGGGGCCAUUUGUGUACAUCGAGCAUUAUGAUCACGUUGGUCCGUUUGAUGUCGGAUUCUUUGUCGUGGAGAGAUGUGACGAUGAGGCCCUCUAGCGGCAGGAGGAGAAUUUGCUAAAACUCUUUCGUAUCUGAUGACGACUCUUCCGUGGCACAGGAUGGCAAGAGCUC